AUGCCGCGAGCUGAUGAGGAGCGGGCCGAGUUGGUGGAAACCAGUAAAAACCAGCUGGUCGCUUUGGAAAACAGUAUGAAGCGGAUGGCGAGUGACGCCAAGAAGUUAAAAGACCAGGCCCACACCUGGGUGCAGAUAAAAACAACCACAGGAAUGCUGGACGGCCUGUACGAGCAGGCGUCUAACGUCUUGCUGCGAUUGAAGGGCCUUGAUGGUCCUCAACAGCGUAGAGAGCCUUCAAUGGCUGUCUACCUGAACGCUAAGGUGCUGCUGGAAGAGAUGGCUCAAAAACCUUCAGGGCGAUCCGACCACUUACCGCGGAUCGAACUUCCAAGAUUCAACGGUUCACCCACGGAGUGGCUCUCGUUCAAGAGCCGCUUCGAGAAGAGACUAUCUGCUCUUAAUGAAGAUGCGGAUAAAUUCGCAUUUUUAGGGAAAUGCCUAGAGAACUUCGAGCCUGCCAAAAAUUCAAUUGAGGCACUCGAAAACUCGGGAACGAGCUUUGCCGAAGCUUGGCAAAGGCUCGAAACGCGCUUCUACAAGCGCAGGAUAGCCUUUGAAGGCUACUUUUCUAAGCUGCUCAAGGUGAAGAAAAUCAUGAGUCCCAAAGCCAAGGGAAUUCUGGCUCUGAUCGAUGUAGUAGACACCACAGUCCACGCCGCUCACCAAAUCCAAGGUGAGCGGAAUCAAACACUAGAUUGCGUUGUCAACGGCCUAAUUAUUGCCAUCGUAAAAGGCAAAUUAGACGACGCAACCAUAUCCAAGCUCGAAGAGAGCUUGGAUCUACAAAAGAUAUAUAUUUGGGCCGAAUUCAAGGCCGAGUUGGAAAAGCGGGCCAAUCAGUUGGCCUGCCAAUAA